AUGACCCACAAAAAUCAAGAUAACUACCAAUCGCCUCCACCAACCAACUAUAUAACUACUUCACUCCAAUAUAGCCCGAUGCUUGUGUGCUACACACAACUUGGCUACCAAGCUCCACAACCAAAUUACCAAAUACCAGCACCUAGCAACCAAGCUCCACGCCCAAAUUAUCGAAUGCCAGCACCCAAUAACCAAGCUCCAAUAAAUCAAGAUUUCCAAAACCUGCCUCCACCAGCAAACUAUGAGGCACCACAAAAGAAACCUAUAAGAGUAUUCACUCCUUUACCGGAACCAAGGGUUAGAUUGUUUGCCAAAUUAAGAGACGCUGGUCGAAUGAAUGUUGUUCCACCAAAGCCUGCUAAUCCCAAGGACCGAUGGUAUAGGCCAGAUUUCACUUGCACCUAUCAUUCUAACAUAGUUCGCCAUACCACUGAAUAUUGCAUAAACUUAAGGCACAAACUACAAGAUAUGAUUGACAAUCAUGAGCUUAUCCUGGAACCAACACCUCAAAAUGUGGACACAAAUCCUCCCUCGAAGCAUGAAGGGAAUCAAAUUCACAUGAUAGAAAGAGGUGAUGAAUGGGAGAGGAGCCCCGUGAUCAUUCAUCCAGAUAUUGAAAGGUUGGAAAGCACCGACGCCUCGUUGCCCUUACAUGAGCGAAAAGAAGUAUUAAGCCCUUUGAUGAGAAAAUCUGAGAUGUCCCAGUCAUCUGUUAUAGCCAAGAAAGAGCCCUUUCUGCUCAAAUAUCCCUCAACAGUCGCUCAAAUUCAAAACGAGCCGUUCGUACUCAAAACAUCAGGGCCAAUUGAGAAUGCACCUUUUGUGAUCAAAUCACCGCACCUAACGAUGGUCAAUAAAAAAAAGAGAUAA